GAGCAUCUACAAACAGGAGGAAAUAUAAAAAUGGCUGAGCGGGGAUACAGUUUCUCUCUUACUACCUUUAGCCCAUCAGGUAAACUGGUACAGAUUGAGUAUGCUCUUGCAGCUGUAGCAGCAGGUGCACCCUCUGUAGGAAUCAAAGCUUCUAAUGGGGUGGUGUUGGCAACGGAGAAGAAACAGAAGUCCAUACUGUAUGAUGAGCAGAGUGUUCACAAAGUUGAACCUAUAACUAAAAACAUUGGCAUGGUGUAUAGUGGUAUGGGUCCCGACUACAGGGUCCUGGUCAAAAGAGCGAGGAAACUGGCCCAACAGUACUUUCUGGUUUACCAGGAGCCCAUUCCUACUGGCCAGUUGGUGCAGAGGGUAGCUUCAGUCAUGCAAGAAUACACACAGUCAGGAGGUGUGCGUCCAUUUGGAGUCUCUCUACUGAUCGCUGGUUGGGAUGAGGACAGACCAUACCUCUUCCAGUCUGAUCCUUCGGGUGCAUAUUUUGCCUGGAAAGCCACAGCAAUGGGAAAGAACUACGUGAAUGGAAAAACAUUUCUGGAGAAAAGAUACAAUGAGGAUCUGGAACUGGAAGAUGCCAUACACACAGCCAUCUUGACCCUUAAGGAAAGUUUUGAGGGACAAAUGACAGAAGACAACAUUGAAGUGGGCAUUUGUAAUGAAGCCGGCUUUCGCAGACUCUCGCCUGCUGAAGUAAAGGAUUAUCUGGCAGCAAUUGCAUAAGAAUUUAAGGAUAAAAAUGUGCUUUUUUGUUGUUGGUGGUUAAACAUAACAUCAUUCUCAAUAGCAGCUUUUUUAUUAUUUGUAUACCCAUUAUUCUCCUUUGUACAAGAACACAAUGUCUACAGGUUAACA